GUUAGAAACAUCGAUCGGCUGCCUCCUGCACGCUCCCGACUGGGGAUGUGCCCACAACCAAGGUACAUGCCCUUGACCAGAAUCAAACCUGGGACCCUUCAGUCCGCAAGCCGAUGCUCUACCCACUGAGCCAAACCGGUUAGGGCCCUGUAAGCAUUCUUUACAAAGCCUCUUUUAGAGUCAGAAUAAUGGAAACCAGACAAGAAGAAUGGAAUAUUGUGAUUUGCUGUACCUGCAUGUAGAUGGCAAAUAUUUAGAAAGGAGGAGUCUCAACUAGUCUUUCCUAAGUGAAGAAAUAGAAGAGAUGAGACAUACUAUGUUUGUCAUGACAUACAAUAUAGGAAGGCCACAGAAGAUGGGGAGCAGUAAAGCAUUUGUCCCUCUGACAUUGUAAGUUGUGUAGAAGCAGCAUGGUACUCACACUUUGAUGCCUGUUUUUUCUAGUGGGACCCUGUGCUGGAUGCUAGGAUAAAAAUGACCUGUCUAGGAGGCCAGGGCAUGUGUAUAAUAUGAUCCAAAGCAGAAAGAACUAGGCAGUCUUAGGAAAGGAUUAACUGAUGUGCCCUGGAAAUGCUGAAGAUGGAUUCUUGGGCAGAUGAAGCUAGCCCUUCCUAAAGGAGGCAGCAUAUCUAAGAAUAAAUACAACAAGUCCUUCCAAUCUCCUGAAAUGGGACCUUCUUCAUUAGUGCUGUAGAGAGCAAAGGCACCGAACCUCGAGCUACCUUCUACAAGAAGAAACAAAUGAGAGAGGCAGAAACAUAAGAGUAAAAUAUCAAUGGAGACCAAAACUAAUAUUUUUCAAGUUUGUUAAAAAGAAGCCCUUCAAGAAAAAGUUAUAAAUCUAAGGAUCUUGAAAUAUUCCCCGAAACAAGAAACAAAUAAUGAGAAAGUAUAGAAAAGUUUCUUUCACAGUGUGCAAGACUUGUAUGUUUAGAAAUCAAUGAGGAAUUAUGAUCAGAAAGUACUGAUGAAGACAAGUGAGGGAAACAGGAGUGCUAUGUGGAAGUUUGUAGACACCAGUCCCAUCCCUAUGGCCCAACUGAGGAGACUUAAGUUCAGAGAGUGACUCUUUUUACCCAACAGGGCACAGCACUGCAGCCCAAUGAUGUGUGCGUGCACACCCACCCACACACCCUUAAGCCCUUCUGAACUGACUUUACAAAACAGGAACUUAGCCCUUCCCCAGUGUUGUUCAGGUUGAGUGUAGCCUGUACACUGGAAGAUCCCUGGUUUGACCUCCCAGUCAGGGAACAUACCCAGCUUACGGGUUUGAUCCCCAGUUGGGGUGCUUAUGGGAGGCAAUCACAUCAAUGUUUUAUCUCUUUUUCCCUCACCCUUCCUCUCUAUCUCUAAAAUCAGUAAAAACAUAUUUAAAACAAAAACCCACAGAGGAACUUACUCCAGAAAAAACUUCAUUUCACCGUGAUAUUUUAUCAAGCUGGUCUGCUCUGCUGGGGUACAAAGUAAUCAGCUCUCUCUUAAUCCCUCAUUUGCUAGGCUACCAUUUUUUUUUAAGUAGUUCACUUAAGGCAUUAUUAUUGUUAUAAUCAUCAUUAUUACUGAGAAACUGAAACAUUGAGACAUUCACAUACCAUAAAGUUCACCCUUUUGAGGUGUACAAUUCAUUGAUUUUUCAUAUAUUCCUAAGGUUGUGCAACUACCACCAAUAUCUAAUUCCAGAUCAUUUUCAUCUUCCCCUAAAGAGAUCUCAUACCCAUUAGCCCUUUCCCAAAACCCUGAGCAACCACUAAUCUCUCUCUGUGGGUUUCCUACUCUGGACAUUUUAUAUCAAUGGAAUCAUAAAAUAUGUGGUGGUGUUAUAUGUCUGGCUUAUUUGGUUUAACAAUGUUUCUAUCUUCUUUGGAAAAAAUGCCUAUUCAAAUUCUUUGCUCAUUUUUUUAAUUGGGUUGUCUUUUUAUUAUUGAGUUGUAACAGUCCUUUAUAUAUAUUCAGGUUACUAGACCCUUAUCAGAUACAUGUUUGCAAAUGUUUUUCUGCCAUUCUAUGAGGUUCCAUUUUUGAAGUGUCCUUUGAAGCACUGCUGAGCUACUUUUUUAAAAAAUUAUUACUAUUUCAGAGAGGAAGGAAGAGGGAGAGAGGGAUAGAAACAUCAAUGAUGAGAGAGAAUCAUUGGUCAGCUGCCUCCUGCACAUCCCACACUGGGGAUUGAACCUGCAACCCGGGCAUGUCCCCUGACCAGGAAUCGAACCAUGAUCUCCUGGUUCAUGGAUCGAUGCUCAACCACUGAACCACCGUGCUGGGCUGUUGAGCUACUUUUAAUAAAUAUUAAAACAUCUUAAAACAAACUAAAUUAGGAAUAUGUGAUUGGUGACUGAAUUAUAGUUUAAAUUUAAUAAGCAUAAUUUUACAAGCAAACCAUUGUUUGCAGAACCACCCUUUGAGGCUUCCAAACUAAGAUUUCAUUAUGGUAGAGAUUGCUUUAUGGCAUUUAAACGCUAGGUGCUGUUUGGGCACUCUGCAUGUAUUAACGUAAAUAAUUCUCACAACAAUCCUAUGAGGUAGAGACUUAUCAUCAUAGUAUUGUACAGAACAGAGGCAGAGGAUGGUUAAGUAAUUUACCUGUAGCAGAGAUGGACUGCAGAUUCCAGUGCUCUUAACCACCUGUGAGACUGCCAGGAUGGAAUUAAACCAUUUCAAAGAACCCCUAACCCCUCGCUUUGGGUUUGAAAUAAUAGUGCUUUCAUGGUGUCUACACUCAAGGCAUUGUCCCUCUCCGUACCAAGUCAGAAACUAGUACCAAGUGUCUUCAUUGCUCCCUUUUCCCACAGUCUGGCUUCAGGACCUUCUCACUUCUCGGAGGGUGAGAGGCUUUAGUGUUUGGAAGUAAUUGCGAAGGCGCCAGCGUCCCCCAGGUGGAGUAGUGCUAAAUUUCUGGCAACUAAUGGGCUUUGAGGAACAGGGGGUUCAGCCCAAUGAGGCUCCAAGCUGAGUCAUGGGUGGAGCCAGUGGAGAGGGUGGAACGGAGUCCCUGCUGGGUGCCUACUGUGUGCAGCAACCAGCUUACCUGAGCGGAGCCAUGAGUUGGACCUGCCCACGUUGCCAGCAACCCGUUUUCUUCGCGGAGAAGGUGAGCUCCCUGGGCAAGAACUGGCACCGCUUCUGCCUGAAAUGUGAGCACUGCCACAGUGUCCUGUCCCCAGGAGGGCAUGCAGAGCACAAUGGGAGGCCGUAUUGCCACAAGCCAUGCUAUGGGAUUCUCUUCGGACCCAGUGGGGUGAACAUUGGUGGUGUGGGCUCCUACCUCUACAACUCUCCCAUUCUCACCCGUGCCAACACCACCCCCCUCGACCCCAGCAGUUUCAGCCCCCCAAGACCCAGGACUGGCCUCCCCCAGCGCAAGAAAAGCCCUUCCCACAUGAAGACGUUCACUGGGGAGACCUCGCUGUGCCCUGGCUGUGAGGAACCUGUCUAUUUUGCUGAGAAGGUGAUGUCUUUGGGUAGAAAUUGGCACCGACCCUGUCUGAGGUGCCAGCGCUGCCGGAAGACCCUGACUGCUGGGAGUCAUGCUGAGCAUGACGGCGUCCCCUACUGCCACAUCCCCUGCUACGGCUACCUGUUUGGCCCCAAAGGUGUGAACAUUGGUGAUGUGGGCUGCUACAUCUAUGACCCUGUGGAGAUAAAAUCCAAAUGAGAUGCUUACAGAAGUCACCCUAACUCAGGCCUCCCAUCAUCCCCUCCAUGAUCCAAUGGGAGCUACAGAAUUCUUCAAUCCCAUA